AUGGAUUGGGGAAACGCCAUUGUAAAGGAGAUUACAAAGGACGAGGAUGGUCGUGUGACUGCGUUAUCUGGUGUUCUUAACCUCCAAGGGUCUGUGAAGACUACAAAGCUGAAGCUCACAUGGCUUCCAGAGACUAAUGAAUUGGUCAAGCUCAUAUUAACAGAGUUUGAUUACAUAAUCAAGGAGAAGAAGGUGGAAAAAAAUGACGAUGUUGAUACUAUUGCGAAUCCGUACACCAAGAAGGAAACAUUGGCACUUGGAGAUUCUAAUAUGAGGAAUCUACAGCGUGGAGAUGUGAUUCAGCUUGAGAGGAAAGGCUACUACAGAUGUGAUGUACCAUUUGUCAAGCCUUCUAAACCCAUUGUCUUGUUCUCAAUUCCAGAUGGAAGGCCACACCAGCCAUUGUCACCUAAUUGA